UUUUAUAAGUUCUCAUAGGAAAGCAGCGCAUGCAAAACGACACGAUGAUUUCUCCAGCUCAGCUGUCGGAGGCUGGGAGCCGUAUAGGCCCGAGGAGCCGUCUUUCCUUCUUCCAAUUUUCGUCUCGUCUCUCUUAUAUCUCUUCCUCACUGCUUGUCUCUUCUGUAUAGAGAACUCCUACCAUAACCAUUGAUCUCAUCUACUCGAAUAAACAAAUGGCGGCAUCAUUAGUGAUUCCGGUAGCACGCGGCACAGCGACUGGGCUGCCGUUGCAGCGCCGCAGGCGGAUUCCGGCGACUUCACCGCUUCUUAAAGUGAGGUCCGCGGCGGGAGAGGGUUUUCCGGCCGCAGAGCCCGACCUUAGUGUUAAGGUCAACGGUCUGGAGAUGCCUAAUCCGUUCGUGAUCGGGUCCGGACCGCCGGGAACUAACUACACCGUUAUGAAGAGGGCCUUUGAUGAGGGUUGGGGCGCCGUUAUUGCCAAGACGGUGUCAUUGGAUGCUUCUAAAGUUGUGAAUGUGACACCUCGAUAUGCAAGGCUUCGAGUGGGAUCAAAUGGUUCAACCAAGGGAGAGAUAAUAGGAUGGGAGAAUAUUGAACUCAUUAGCGACAGACCUCUUGAAACAAUGUUAAAUGAGUUCAAGAAAUUGAAAAAAGAGUAUCCUGAUAGGAUACUUAUUGCUUCAAUAAUGGAAGAAUACAACAAAAAUGCAUGGCACGAACUUAUUGAACGAGUUGAGGAAACUGGAGUGGAUGCUCUGGAAAUUAACUUCUCAUGUCCUCAUGGAAUGCCAGAGAGGAAAAUGGGUGCCGCUGUGGGACAAGAUUGUGCAUUAUUGGAGGAGGUCUGUGGUUGGAUAAAUGAAAAGGCCACUGUACCUGUUUGGGCUAAGAUGACUCCUAACAUAACAGACAUUACACAGCCUGCUAGAGUUGCUCUGAAAUCUAGCUGUGAAGGGGUUGCAGCUAUCAACACCAUCAUGAGCGUAAUGGGGAUUGAUCUGAAUACAUUACGUCCAGAACCUUGUGUUGAGGGGUACUCAACACCGGGGGGUUAUUCUUCCAAGGCUGUCCAUCCCAUUGCACUCGGGAAAGUAAUGCAAAUUGCACAGAUGAUAAAAUCAGAAUUUAAUGAUAAAGAAUAUUCUUUGUCUGGCAUUGGAGGUGUAGAAACUGGCAAUGAUGCUGCUGAAUUUAUACUGAUUGGGGCAAAUACAGUUCAGGUUUGCACGGGGGUGAUGAUGCAUGGCUAUGGUCUUGUAAAGAAACUCUGUGAUGAUCUCAAGGAGUUCAUGAGAAAACACAAUUUUUCUUCAAUAGAGGAAUUUAGAGGAGUUUCUCUUCAGUAUUUUACAACACACACUGAACUUGUUCGAAGACAGCAAGAGGCAAUCAACCAGCGGAAAGCUGUUAGGAAGGGCCUGCAGUCUGAUAAAGAUUGGACAGGUGAUGGAUUUGUGAAGGAAACAGAGAGUAUGGUUUCUAACUGAUCAAUCAUUUCUUCUUUUCCAUUGUUGCUAAAGAACUAAACCGUAGUUGUGGAAAAAAAUAAUAGCAUGCUUCCAUUUUUUCACCCUGAGUGCCUGCAAAUAACUGAAUUGUGUAUGAUUUUUCUGAAUAGAGUUUGUGAUUGUUUU